AUGUUCCCGUUUAACCCAGAUGCUGUUUGGCAACGGCUCGCCAAGCCGUUCCUACACAACGCCGUUCCAACGUCCCAGAAGAUUACCUUUUUCACCGUCGUACCCACAGUAUAUAACCGAUUGCUCACAACACACAAGAAUCUUUCACCCGAAUUACAAAAGGCCACAAGAGAAGCAAUCUCGCCUGAAAACAUGCGCGUAAACAUCUCCGGCUCUGCUGCUCUCCCCACGCCUACCAAGCAGGCCUGGUCCGAGCUGAGCAACGGCAACGUUUUACUUGAGCGAUACGGAAUGACUGAAGUUGGCAUGGCCCUGAGCUGUGGUCUUGAUUAUUCCGACCGUGUAGACGCCAGUGUAGGAUGGCCUCUGCCGUCGGUGGAAGCGCGACUCGUCAACCUUGAUACUGGCGAAGUGGUUCAACCCGGCCAAGAGAUCGAUGAGAGUGGUCGUGAAAUCUCGGGUGAAAUCCAGCUUCGCGGUCCAACCAUUUUCAAAGAGUACUGGCGCAAUCCGGAAGCCACUGCCAAGGAAUUCGUCGAAGGUGAAGAUGGCAAAGGACCCUGGUUCAAGACUGGCGAUGUCGCUAUUCGCCGCGUUGUACCUGGUGUCGGCCAGAGCGACCAAGCUUGGGCCCGCGGCCCGAUGUACUUUAUCCAAGGCCGCAAGUCAGCUGACAUUAUCAAGACUGGAGGUGAAAAGGUGAGCGCUCUCGAGGUUGAGAGAGAGCUGCUUUCCCUUCCUGAGGUUGCCGAAGCGGCUGUUGUGGCAGUGCCCAGCGGCAAAUGGGGUCAGAAAGUUGGAGCUGUUCUCAUUUUGAACAGUGAAGUUGUCGAAAAAUGGAGUCCAAUGGACAUGCGCAGGGCGUUGCGCAAUCGCCUGGCAAACUACAAGAUCCCCCAAGUCAUGAAGGUGGUGGAGCAUAUCCCACGAAACGCCAUGGGUAAGAUUAAUAAGAAGCAGCUAGUUGCUUCCAUCUUUAUUGAUGAGCAUAGCGGAGAUGAAAUGUAA